AUGACAUCCGGACGUGUGAAUGAUGUUGUGGGGUACUGGGCCGGUAUCAGUUCUUUAUCCAUUCAUCUGGGAAACCCAUUACUAGAAUCUUAUUAUUCUUCUACACAACAUAGAGAUGAUCAUGGUGGUAAUAUUACUGAUUCUAGUGAUGGUUCUGGUACUAAUAACAAUGUAGUAGUCAUGGAAUGCAAUAAUCAAAACUCAGUGAGUAACAAUAAUGGUCAGUCGAAGCUUUGUUCAAGAGGUCAUUGGAGACCUGCAGAGGAUUCUAAACUCAAGGAACUUGUUGCCCUCUAUGGCCCUCAGAAUUGGAACCUUAUCGCAGAAAAAUUAGAGGGGAGAUCAGGAAAGAGUUGUAGAUUGAGAUGGUUUAACCAGUUAGACCCAAGGAUAACUAGAAAGUCAUUCAGUGAAGAUGAAGAACAAAGAUUAAUGGAUGCUCAUAGAUUAUAUGGUAACAAAUGGGCUAUGAUUGCUAAGCUUUUUCACGGAAGAACUGAUAACUCCGUCAAGAAUCAUUGGCAUGUUAUCAUGGCUAGAAAAUAUAGAGAAAGGUCUACUAGUUCCUCUUCUUAUAGGAGAAGGGAAUCAACUUCAUUUUUUCAUGAAAGUUCAUCAUCUUAUCUUGGAUCUUCUUCAAUGAACAACAACCGGUUUUGUCAUCCACAACCACCACCACCACCUCGUGACUUCUUCUCUGGUUUGUCCUUUCUCUAUCUCUCAUUUGGUGCAUUUUUGGGUUUCUGUGCUGCUUCCUCUGGUCAGAAGAACCUGGAGGAUAUGGGAAGUUCUUUUAACCAUAUCAGCAGGUGUACAUGGGAAGUGCAGCCAAGAAAUGAUUACUGUUCCAACUUCAUGAUGCCACCUACUUCUACCUAUUAUCCAGACUCAAUGCAUCAUCAUGACUUAAUGCAGCAACACCAUGCAUCAUCUAAAACAUCAACAUCUCAUGUCUCAGUCACUGAUCAUUAUCAAGCAUCAUCAAUAUCAUCAUCAAUAUCAUCAUCAGCCUCAACUCUUGUAGACAACAACAACAAUAGAGCUAUUGCAACAGCCUAUUGUGACACUGCUAUUGCACCACCACCUUUCAUAGACUUUCUUGGGGUAGGAGCAACAUGA